CAGUGUAGCCAGUUGUUGCCUGUCUGAAACUCUGCCAGUCCUGGAGAGCGCUGCUCAGAGCGCAGACCAGCAGGCCUCUUUCUGCACCCUCCCCGCCGUCCUGCUUGCCGGGGAAGAACUUGCCCACCUGUCCGGCCAUGGGGGAGGACGCCGCACAAGCCGAAAAGUUUCAGCACCCAGGGUCUGCCAUCUGGCAGGAGAAGCCAGCCAGCCCCAGCCUCGCCCCCUCUUCCACGCCGAGCCCCAGCCUGAACCUGGGGAGCACGGAGGAGGCCAUCCGGGACAACGCGCAGGUGAACGCCGUCACGGUGCUCACGCUCCUGGACAAGCUGGUGAACAUGCUGGAUGCGGUGCAGGAGAACCAGCACAAUAUGGAGCAGCGGCAGAUCAGCCUCGAGGGCUCCGUGAAGGGCAUCCAGAACGACCUCACCAAGCUCUCCAAGUACCAGGCCUCCACCAGCAACACGGUGAGCAAGCUGCUGGAGAAGUCCCGCAAGGUCAGCGCUCACACGCGGGCGGUCAAGGAGCGCAUGGACAGGCAGAGCGCGCAGGUGAAGCGGCUGGAGAACAACCAUGCCCAGCUCCUCAGACGCAACCAUUUCAAAGUGCUCAUCUUCCAGGAAGAAAAUGAGAUCCCUGCCAGUGUGUUUGUGAAAGAGCCAGUUUCCAGCCCAGCGGAAGAGAAGGCGGAGCUUGCUGAUGAAAACAAGUCCCUGGAGGAAGGCUUGCACACGGUGGACCUCUCAUCAGAUGAUGAAUUGCCCCACGAUGAGGAGGCCCUAGAAGACAGUGCGGAGGAAAAGAUGGAAGAAAGUAGGGCAGAGAAAAUAAAAAGAUCUAGCCUCCGGAAAGUAGAUAGCCUCAAGAAGGCAUUUUCUCGCCAGAACAUCGAGAAAAAAAUGAACAAGCUGGGGACAAAGAUCGUAUCUGUAGAGAGGAGAGAGAAGAUUAAGAAAUCUCUCACUUCCAAUCACCAGAAAAUAUCCUCAGGGAAAAGCUCCCCCUUCAAGGUUUCUCCCCUCACUUUUGGUCGAAAGAAAGUCCGAGAGGGAGAAAGCCCUGCAGAAAACGAGACCAAGUCAGAAGACAUGCCCAGCAGUGAGCAGAUGCCUGAUGACCAUGAGGAGAGCUCCUUUGCAGAGGGUCUUUCUGAAGCGUCCCUCAGCAGUGGCCUGGUGGAAGGGAAGAGCAAGGUGGGGGACGCAGAGAGGGCAGCCUCCAGAGGGAGUAAUUCCGGCAGGGAUAGCAACAUUGACUUGGCAAUUGUGGAAGAUGAAGAGGAGGAGUCUGCGGCCCUGGAACAGGCACAGAAGGGCCGUUAUGCGGAGGGCGACCUGCUGACCUCUGAGGGCGCAGAGCGGUCCGAUGAGAACCCAGCGCAGCCUGCCGUGCUCCCGGUGAACCAGAGCGCCUAACUGCGCGGCCCGCUCUGCUUCCACAUCUGUGGGUCGCCGGAGUCUAGGAACAAAGUCCUGCACAUCCCAGCACCUCCCCUCGCUACCGUGUCACUGUCCGAGCAGCCCUCACUGCAUAGGAGCAGCGCACAGACGACCAAGCUUUACUAUGAAGACAACCCGUCCAGAGCUGUCCUUCUAACUUGCUCUUUGAUUCUAUUUUUGUAGACUUUCUCCAAGAUGGCACAGAAGAAGAAACGGAGCAGCUGCAAACCGCUGAUCAAUUUGGCUUCUUUAGAAAACCAGAGGCUACUUAAGAUACUAGUUAUGAAAUGUGAUUCCUUUUUUGUCAUUCCAUAAGCUUGCUGAAUAGUGUACCAGCGCCACAUUGAAUUUCCACCCAACUCUGUGAAUCUAAUUAUUGUACUUCAAGUGUGCAAUAUAGAAUACACAUCUAUAUAUUUAAGCUAAAGACAUAACUACUUUCUAUUUUAAGAAAAAAAACACUUUUUAAAAAAGGUAGAAGAGACAGUUUGGUUGGUUAUUCACUUAAUAGAAACCAAUGUUUUCAUUUAAAAUGAAAAAAUGGAAAAACUAUAAUAUUCAGCUAAUAAAGUAAGAUGUGGGAAAGUCAGGACUAUCAGAAAAAGAAAACUGAAAAGGAGAAGUUGGAAAAUAGGAGAAACAGGAAAGAAAGAAUGCUAAAGAGAAUGAAGACGUAGAAAAACCAUGUGUGUAGAAGUAAAGUAUUUACUGUAUUAACUCAACUAUUCUUUUCCUUAAAUAACAAUUCUACAGAAUUUCAUACGUCCUUGAACAACAUGUUAUAUCUUUACAAUAUUUUUAUUUUCGAAUAUUUUCAUAUAUAAAAGCAUAGCUUACUGUGUUAGAGCUGCAUUUUUCUCAAUAAAUAAAAGAUAUUAAAAAUAUUUCACCAAGGAGGUUUAAAAGGAUAUUUUCUCUUUAACAUUGGAAUGAGUGUAAAUCUCUGAAAUUAACAUGUAUCGUCUUUUGUAGGAAGUUCCCUCAGAGGACUCCCUCACGUUUUCCAAAUUUGAAAGGAUCUUUAGACUCCAAAUGAUGUAAUGUAGGUAUGUAAGGUGUUAAAAUCAACCAGUUUGAGAAGGGAAGGAUUCUUUUUCCUUUUGUACAUAACGGUAAUUCCAUUCCAGGUCAUAUUUGGUUUAUAUAUUAAUUUCACAGAAUAUUAACAUGAUUCUUCCAAAAGCACACUGGUGUUUAUGUAUAUGUGCACACUCAGUCAGCCAGGAUAAUUUUUACUAGUGUCUAACGUUAUACUAAAAUAUUGCUUUAUCUGUUUUUAAUUACAGAAUGCUAAUGUUUUGAGAAAACUAUUAAAUUAUAGUGUAGAGACAGUUGUGCCAGGGAGCAAAAUCCCUACCUUUGGUGUAAACCACUCACUAUAAGUAACCUGACAAAUAUAAGUAGCCCGAGACUGUAUUAACAAACAAUGCUUUGUGCUGUAAGAGGAAAAAUAGGGUUAACAAUGUAUCGAUAGCCUAACCUAUACAGCAAUGUCUUUAUCUGCAAUAAUGUACCUCAAACAUUAGAUUGUUGAACUAACCAUGGCUGUGUUAAAGAAGACUAAAUAAACCAAAAAAUAAAAAGUA